AUGAUGCCAGCAAGACCUGUCAAUAGAGAAUCAAAAACAGGAGCAAAGUGUUUCGAUGAAAAGCUAAUUAUUAUCUGCAUCUCUUUCAAUUGUAAUUUAGCUUUUUUCUCCAUAAAAAGCUUCCACUUCUACAUUAAUAGAAGCAUUACAAAAUAUAGACUUGCAAACUGA